UCGCGUCCAGAGGGGGGAAAGAAAAACGAAGAAGAAAUGUCAACGAUGCUGCUCCGAUGGUGCAUUUGUAAUAAUGCGUACAACCUAACCUAACAUUAUCUUGUUUAUCAUUUGUUUAGUAACAGGCAGGCGUGUGAUAGAAACAACUAGCACUCCGUCUCCAAAAGGUGGGUGAAGGUGAUCAAGACAGAGGACAAGACCAGACGUUAGCCAGCUAGCUAGUGUUAGCAAACAAGGAGUGAUGGUCGUCGAUAAUGAAUGAUGACAUCGAGAGUCAAACAAGCCAGUUAGCCUCACGUUAAUGUCAUAGUUAUCCGUGCAAAAUUACUAUCCAAGUGACCUCUGACGAGAUAGGGGACAUCAUAACCAUGGCGACGGCACAGUCAGCUCUAACCUUUGCAGUGUGCAUCUUAAUGAUAACAGAACUGAUACUUGCCAAGAAGGACUACUAUGAUAUACUGGGAGUGCCUAAAGAUGCUACUGAGCGUCAGAUAAAAAAGGCUUUCCACAAGCUCGCAAUGAAAUAUCACCCUGACAAGAACAAGAGCCCAGAUGCUGAAAUGAAAUUCAGGGAAAUUGCUGAAGCAUAUGAAACCUUAUCAGAUGAGAACAGAAGACGAGAAUAUGACCAGUUUGGUCACGCCGCGUUCUUCGACAGAGAGAUGCAAGGCAGACACAGGCCUAAUGUCCAUCAACCUUUCAACUUUAAUUUUGAUGACAUUUUCAAGGACUUUGACAUAUACAGCCAGAACAGGCAUGCCCGUCACAGAAGACACUUUGAAGAGCACUCCAGGUCCCAGCAGGACCCUCACAGCAGACAUAAGAGACACUUUCAAGCGGGGUUUGGCGCUGGUAUCUUUGAUGACAUGUUUGAUGACAUGGAGAGAAUGUUCACUUUUGAUCGACACACCAAGCAGACUGAAAACAGAUUUCAAGGUACAUCAAAGCAGCACUGUAGAACGGUGACACAGCGCAGGGGAAACAUGGUGACCACAUAUACAGACUGCACUGGCUCCUGAGAUGAGCUAUAAAAUAUCUUUGUACUCAAAAUUGCCUUAGGUGGAUACAGUAGAAUUGUUUUGACUGAGUUAGCAAUUAAAUACUAAGUUCAAAUAAAACUUGAACAGCGAAAAUACUCAGUUUAGGUCCAACUUAAAAUAAGCUGUUCUUUAUGGUCUUGUAUUUUCGGUGCAAAAGCUAGUCCCCAUGAGCGCUCACUGGCUUUUUUUUUUUUUUUUUUUUUUUUUUUUUUUUUUUUUUUUUAAUGAUUGCUUCAGUUGAAGAAGAAAUUUCAUAAAUAUUUUGACAGUAUUUUUGCAAGCAACAUCUUUUGAUUGAGUUUCAAAACAGUACGUUUACUGUUUUUGGAAGAGUAGACUGGCCUUAUUUUCCCCCAGAAUAUCCAUGUUUCUGUUCACCACCUCUACCAUUCUCCUGUUGUUUGUAUAGUUUCUAGUUUCUAUUGCUUACAUUGUGCCAUUGUGAGUGUUGAAAUGAGUGAAAGCUAGAAAACAAUAGCAAGCAGGGCAGUUUUGCCUAUGGUUGUGAAAUGGGGAGCACAGUCAACAAAAAUGUGUGACUGCACACAUUCUGUUUCUUUGGAGUGUUUGAGUUCCCAGGACUUCUCAUUGAAAUAUUGAUGUCUGUUAAACAAAAUACAAAGAAUGUUAAGUGUGUAAUCUGAUUUGCAGUGGACCACUUGAGUUAUAAGCUAACUGCAGAACGCACAAGAUGAGGCGCAAACUAGUAGCAUUUCCCUAAUAUAUCAUCUGUUACCUCAUUCCUGUAAACUAGCUACGAUGACAUGUUCUGUAGAAACAUGAAGUGCAAUAUUUAAAGCCCUGUCUUUAUUUCCUAUGUUAAUAGUAGUUGUGAAAACAUCCCUUAGCACUUUCACUUUUGUGUAAUAUUCUGAAUAAGUGUGUCAUAAUCUGAAAGAAUGUGUUUUGAGAAAUAAAAGAUAAAA